AUGACAGACUCCGAUGAAGCCCCAUACUGCAAUGCCGUGGCCCUGGCCUGGCACAUGAACCGAUUCUUCGAGAGCAUUGCAUUCUGCCCGACGAAGCAAAGAUCCCCACCGGUACUUCGUACGCUUGGUCGCUACGGGCAGGACUUCAACUUUGGCAGCCUUUGCGACACGAGCCAGGAUUACGGCUGGGCCGUCCGCUCCGCCUGGAAUAUGAGUGCCCCCGGACUGCCCCAUAUCGUCGCUCUGAUGUACACUGGCUUUACCGCUGGGAGCCAGCUCCUUCGCUCGGAACUCACUGCUAUCAUUCGCAUUGUGCAUGGCCGGCUCAGAACAUCCUCGACCAGACCACAUACCAUUGCGCCGGUCCUCAUGUUUUCGAUUGUCGGCCUGCACCAUAUACGAGUCAUCGCGGCGUUCUAUGAUGGCAAGACUCGAGAGCUCAAAGUGCGGGCCCCGAAGCUUAAAUCCAUCGAUAAGGAAUGCGACGGCUUCUAUAUAGAUCUGUCCAAAUGGUGGCUCGGAAAUGCGAGUUUUAUGUCGAUGACUGAUGUGUAUGACGAGCCUCUGGUUGAUUGA